AUGUCCGAUUGCGAUACGGGCAGAAUUGCAGAAUAUGGAACAACGUAUACAAAAUCCGAAUCCUUGCUCUCGAUUAUACUUCAAAUGUUGUUCGAUGGUAUUGAUGAUGAGUGUUUGAUGAAUACAAAUACAUUUAACGAUCUAUGGAAUUUUAUUACAAAUGAAGGAAUCGAAAGUAUAACACGAUUUUCUAAGUAUAUAGCUGAAGAUGAUUUAGAAUAUCAAAUAAAUGAUGAUGAAUCACCACUAUAUUUAGCAUUGCAAUUGUACAACAAAGAACAAGUAUGUCAAUUAUUUAAGCAACAUAAGAUUGCCGAUAAAGACAGAUUAUAUGAUACGGCGGCCGAUAAAAUUACCAGAGGUGGUUGGCUUUCAGGAAUGCAAUCAGUUAAUAGAAAAAUAGCACCAACAAAAUAUACCUUGUUACUUAAAUCCAUAUCACAAUUUGUACAAAUAACUGAUUCACCAUCUGUACACGCAAACACCAGUCAAUUGUCAGAAAUUACAGCUUCGGGUAAGCUUAAACUACUGAUCUACACGCUACAGUAG